AUGGUGUCUCUAAUCAGGACCCUCAGGAAUUUCAGGAGAGCAGGUGUAAGAGAAUGGUGGAAGCAGAUGUGGAGCAUUGGUGAUGCCAAAUACGGUAGAUUAGUUGGAUCUGAUCAAUUCGGUAAUCGAUUCUACGAAAACCUUGAUGCGUCUCAAGAGAUACCAGGACGUCAUCGAUGGGUCGACUUUAAACAAUCCGUCGAGAAUGCUUCGCAGAUUCCACCCGAAUGGCAUUCAUGGUUGAAUCAUAUUCGCAAAGACCCGCCGACCGAGGAUCCUAUCGUUCAAGCUUCUACUCCACCUUGGAAGACGGAAUAUCAUGAAAACUUGACCGGAACUCGAGGAAGAUAUAUCACUUAUUCUACAACGGCUCCCAAGACCCAAGCUUGGCAACCUCAGGUCAGACCACGAGGACAAGCCAAGCGAGAAGCUUAA